GGCGAGAUGGUUCUAGAAAUUGGAAAAAAAGGCCCCGGCCUGGACCGUUGAUUUCCCACCGUUGACUCUCUCUCUCUCUUUUUCUUGUCCGAGACUCCCAAGACCCCAUUCCAUUCUCAGACCUCCCCUCUCUAGGUCUCUCCUCCUUGAAUCUCAUUUGCUCUCUCGCCGCCACCAUCAUCAUCAGACCUUGAUUUCUCCUCCUGAUUCACUCUUGUCUUCCUCACUCGGUCCGCUGCCAUCAUUAUCAGGCCUCGUUCGCUUGAUCUUUGGCGACUCUUUGUGGUGCGCCGACGACAAGGUCGUUGAUGAGUUCCUGAUGGAGUAGCCAAUCCCGCCGUACCUGUUCGCGUUCGCCGUCAACAAAGGGUUUGGGUGGUUCUUUCCGGUGGUGGCUCUGGGAAUGCUGAGGAUAUGGCAAGUAAAGCGUGGAGAUUGGUUACAGCCCUUGUGACUAAACGUAAACGAUGGUAAAAGGAAUUAGCAUAGCAAAUUGAAUUAUUGCAGAGCUCUAAAUGUUGUGAACUGUAAUGGAGGAUCGCUCAGUAGAAGAAAUAAAUAAGUAGUGGUGAUGUAGGACUGUUUUGUAAGGGAUUUUGGGUUAAAGUGUAAGGGUUUUUGUAAUCGGGUUCAAUUGUAAUCACCUAAGUCUUUAGUGGAGCCUAGUUAAUUUGUUAGUGGUGUCCAGCUGGCACACAUGUAGUGGGGAAAAUAACACUGGCGCGUGGUUAAAUGGUGGCCAGAGGAAAUUGUAAGGGCAUGAUGAAAUUAAUGAGCAGAAUAUCCUUCUCUCUUUUCUCUCUACUCUGUCCCUUCAUCACUGUCGCCACAGCUGCCAUUGCAGGUUGAGGCCAUAGCAGGUCUGGGUCUUAUCACUAAAGUCUUUUGUGGUCUGGAAUCUGGAUGCGUUGACUUUCAUAAGCGAUCAGAUGAGUUCGAUGGAAACAAGUCCCUUCAUCUUCAUGAUCAUCUGAAAACUUCAAUUGAUGCACUGUGACUACUUGUGAGUCUUGAUUGGUAUUGCUUAACGGAUCAAACUUCCAAUUCAAGAAACUAUGGCGGCAGAAAAUUUUCUUGUGGCAUUCCUCCAAGUGCUGGUUGACAAGUUGGCGCAACGCGAGGUCUUCAAGUACUUUGGACUCGUAAAGGGCAUCGAUCAGAUACUGAAGAAGUGGAGUGCCACCUUGUCUGCAAUUGGAGCGGUGCUGAAUGACGCGGAGGAAAGGCAACUGACUGCUGAGAGCAACGCACUGAAGCUCUGGCUCGAUGAUCUCAGGGACUUGGCUUUUGAUGCGGAAGACGUGUUGGAUAAAUAUCAUACUAAAAUGUUGAAACGUCAGAUACAACAUGCUCAUUCCAGCACAACAAGCAAAGCAUGGAAAUCAAUUCCUAAUCGUCUUUUCAACUUCAAAAUGAAUUUGGAAAUACAGAAGAUUACUGAGCGAUUACAAGAGAUAUCUGAAAGAAAAGACCAGCUUAGUUUGAAAAUUGAUACUGGGAUGUUGACUACAAGGGCACAUCAACACAUAUCGCCUAGUUCUAGUCUACCGGAUGGACCUGUGAUUGGAAGGGAGGAGGACAAAAGGAAGAUUGUUGAGCUGCUGUCAAAGCAAGAGCAUCGUGCUGUCAAUUUCGAUGUAGUUGCAAUUGUUGGUAUGGCUGGAGUUGGAAAGACAACACUUGCUGGACAAGUACUCAAAGAUAUUGUUGCAACCCAAAUGUUUCAACCAGCCAUUUGGGUGUGUGUAUCUGACGACUUCAACCUUCAAAGAGUGACAAAGCAAAUUCUUGAAUCAAUCACAUCUCGACAAUGUACCACAGAAGAUCACAAUAAGGUUCAAGAUGAUCUGCAUAAGGAGUUAGCAGGGAAGAAGUUUUUAAUUGUUUUAGAUGAUGUUUGGAAAACGUGUAGCUACAGAGAAUGGAUGAAGCUGCAGUCCCCUUUUCGUGAUGGAGCACAAGGAAGCAAGAUAGUUGUGACAACACGUGAUACAGAUGUUUCAAAAAUGAUGGGAGCUGCCACGCUGGUUCACAACUUGGUGCCUAUGGAAAAUCAUUUUUGUUUGCAAGUAUUUGAGCAGCAUGCAUUCUUAAAUUUUAACGACAAACCGCCAAAUUAUGAGUUACUUCAGGAGAAAAUUGUUGCAAAGUGUAGGGGAUUGCCUUUGGCUGCGAGUACCCUCGGUGGUGUUCUACUUCGUAAAGAAAUAGACAAAUGGGAAGAAAUAUUGAACAACAAGUUGUGGAGUGUCUCAAAUGAGCAUGACAUACUUCCUGUGUUGAGACUAAGUUACUUUUAUCUUCCUUCACAUUUGAAAAGAUGCUUUGCCUAUUGCUCAAUACUUCCAAAUGACUAUGAAUUCGGGGAUAUGCAAAUGAUCCUUCUGUGGAUGGCCGAGGGUUUGAUUCUUUCUCGACCAGAAGAUAAUAAGCAAAUUGAAGAUUUAGGCGCUGAUUAUUUCCGGGAGCUCGUAUCUAGGUCAUUGUUUCAAAAGUCAACCAAAAAUACUUCAAAAUAUGUGAUGCAUGACCUCAUUGGUGAUUUAGCAAGAUGGGCAGCUGGAGAUAUUUGUUUUAGAUUGGAGGAUAAGCAAAAUGAUGAUGGUGUACAACUUAGAUGUUUUCCAAAGGCACGCCAUUCGUCUUACUUUAUGGGUCACUAUGAUGGGGCUAAAAGAUUUAAGGCAUUUUCUAAAGUGAAAUGUCUGCGAACCUUCUUGCCACUAAGAAAGGGUUCUGGCUACAAUUACUUAAGCCAUCAGGUUACUUCUGAUUUAUUGCCAAAAUUGCAGUACUUGCGGGUGCUCUCUUUUAAUGGCUAUAGAAUAACUGAGCUGCCAAACUCAAUUGGUGAUUUGAGAUAUCUACGAUAUCUUGACCUUUCCUACACAGCUAUAACUAGUUUGCCUAAAUCAAUCAGUACUCUUUACAACUUGCAAACAUUGUUAUUGGAACGCUGUUCCUAUUUGAAGUCAUUGCCUGCAGACAUAAGUAAUCUAAUUAAUUUGCGCCAUCUCAACAACUCAGAUGUAUCUUGGGUGGAAGGAAUGCCUCCAAAACUAGGUAGAUUGGUGAACCUCCAAUCUUUGCCUAAUUUUGUGGUCAGUGGUAGAAGUGAUCAAUCAGGAAUAAGAGAGAUAGGGCCUCUAUCGCAUCUCCGAGGGACAUUGUGCAUAUCAGGAUUGGAGAAUGUGACUGAUGUCAAGGAUGCUCAGAGGGCCAAUUUAAAAUACAAGGCGAGGCUUGAUUCGUUGGUCCUAAAAUGGUCUUAUUCAAGCGACACAAGAGAAAUGGAAUCUGCUGUGCUUGACAUGUUAGAGCCUCAUAGAAAGAUCAAGGAGCUCACCAUCAAGAGUUAUGCCGGAAAGGAAUUUUCAUCAUGGGUUGGAGGUCAUUUGUUCUCUAAUAUGGUGCUUGUGCGCUUAGAGGAAUGUAACAAUUGUUUAUCUUUGCCACCUCUUGGACAAUUGCCUCAACUCAAAGAACUUUAUAUUAGAGGAAUGAAUGCAGUGGAAAGUGUUGGUGCUGAGUUUUAUGGAGAGCGUUACUUGCCUUUUCAGGUAUUAGAGACUCUUGAGUUUGUGGAAAUGCAGCAUUGGAAAGAAUGGCUUCCUUUCCAACUGGAUCACGAAAGUGGUGUUUUCCCUUACCUGAAAACACUCAUAGUAAAAAAAUGUUCUAAACUGGAGGGUAAGCUGCCAGAGAACCUCAAUUCUUUAGGUAAGCUUGAAAUUGUUGAAUGUGAAGAAUUAGUGGUUUCGACUGCCAACUACAAACAACUUCGUCAAUUAAACAUUGACGGUUGUGAAGUGUUGGUGCAUACAGCUGCUAAGGUUGAGUUUGAGUUAUUAGAGUCCUUGUGGCUUUCAAGCAUUUCAGAGGUGAUGUCUCUACAAACAGGAGAAUUGUUCAACAAGGGAUUAAGCAAGGUUAAAGAUUUGAAGAUUAAUGGAUGUGAGGAGGUGACGUCUUCAUUCAGGAAUGAGGCUAGAUUAUUGCAGCAGUUGACUUCUCUUGGCUGUUUGGAAAUUGAAGGCAACUCUCUUCUAGUUGAAGAAUUGGGAAAGGAAGCAGAGGAGUUGCAAACAUUGGAGUGCAGGAUUGAAUGUCUGGAGUUAAACAAGUGCGAAAAUCUUAUGAAGCUACCAAAAGGGUUAAAUCAAUUGUCGUUUCUUCAAAAGCUUGGCAUACACGAAUGUUCACGUCUAGUUUCUUUCCCAGAUGUUGGUCUGCCACCUUCUCUUAAAGACAUCGAGAUUACAUCGUGUGAUUCGUUGAUAUAUUUUGCAAAAUUCCAGAUUCCCCAAAAUCUCAGAAGAAUAGAGAUAAGAGAGUGCAAAAGUUUGAAAUCACUAGUAGAGGAUGAGGCUUUUGGUUCUUCCUGGUCGUCUUCUUCUCAUAGUUGUCUUGAGUACUUGUUUAUCGAUGGAUGUAAAACUCUGACGUCGUUAUCAUUGAGUGGCCAGCUUCUCAGGACACUUAAACACUUUCAGACAUACAGAUGUGAACAACUGGAGUUAAUUGCACAAGAUGGGUUCUUCUACGACAACACUAAUUACUGUCUUGAAUAUUUUAGGAUAUGGAAGUGUGAAAAUCUGAAAUCCUUACCGGAUGGUUUAUGCCACCUCAGCAAUCUUCAAAAGCUACAUAUUCAAGAAUGUGGAAGUCUUGUUUCCAUCCCGAGACUGAGUGGGGGGAAAAGACCCUCCAACCUGAGGGAGAUCGAGAUCAGAAAUUGCGAGAAAUUGGAGGCGUUGCCCGAAGACAUGCACAAUCUCAACUCUCUUGAGGAUUUGAGAAUCGACUACCGUGAAGGUUUGACUUUUCCUCCCAACCUCACAUCACUUACAAUUUGGAAAGUCAAGAGCUGUAAGUCAUUGUGGGUGUUGGAGCGGGGGUUGCACAGACUCACCUCUCUUAGCAAGUUGGGGAUCUAUGGUGAUAACCCGGAUACGGUGUCGUUUCCACCAGACAUGGUCCGCAUGGAGUUGCUCCUCCCUAGAUCUCUCACUCAACUCCAUAUUUGUGGCUUCCCGAAUCUGAAGAAACUGAGCAGCAAGGGCUUUCAAUUCCUCACCUCCCUUCAAUCGCUUACACUAUGGAAUUGUCCAAAGCUAGCAUCCAUUCCAGAGGAGGGUCUGCCUCCUUCACUUACGAAACUUUGGAUCUUUGGGUGUCCUGUGCUAAAAGAGAGAUGCCAACCAGGAAAAGGACGCUACUGGCACAAAAUAUCCCACAUUCCUUCCAUGCAGAUAUAGAUUUUAAGAUGAUUUGAAGCUGAUGGUCGAUUCGAUCCCAUUCUCUAGGUUCAGGUAUCAUCUUCUCAAGGAAUGUUUAAUGCCAUGGUCUUCCCCCCAGAAAGCUUUUGCUGCAUAUCUGAAGUCCUCUUGCCCAGAAACCAUCAAUUAAACAACAGCAGAAUGCGAUAAACUCUAUUCAGUAUACUCUUCAGUAAUAAGAGCUUUUGAUCAAGAAGAGAUUUUCAAAGUCUAUUUGUGGACAGUUUCUUGAGCAGGCGACACCCUUUCAAGCCGAAAUGUAAUUGUUAUCUCAGAUAAUUGGCAGACUGAUUGUAGUUUAGAAGAGUAACAAGUUCCAUUGGCAGAAGGCCAAUUGCCUAAGCUAUUGAGUAAUUUGGUCAGCAUCUCCUGCUGCUUUCUUGUUUCUUUGGCACCGCCACUUCGACUGCCACUGGUUAGUAUAGGGCUUCAUAUCGGAUGGAAGAUGUCUAAGAGGACGCUUUCUCCAAAUAAAAAAAAAAAAGCAUAUCUGAAAACUUUCUGAUACAAAUCACCAACUGGGUAAGCUGAAAGUUUAGAAAUUUCCAAUUGAUUAAGCUCAAAGGUGACAAAUUUCCAAUUGGGUAAGCUCAAAGUUAAAAAAUUGUCAAUUGAGUAAGCUCAUAUUUCACCCCCUUUCCAAUUAAUGAAGGACACUAUAUAACUUCUUACGGAUACAAUUUAUCAAAACGUACCUAUUGUGAUUAA